AUGGUUCUCAACUUCGGCAUCAUCGGCACCAACUGGAUCACAGAAUCCUUCAUCCAGUGUGCUCAAGCAUCUCAACAAUGGAAGCUGGCAGCCGUCUACUCUCGCAGUGAGGAAAGUGCUCGUACUUUUGCCGACAAGUUCUCCGUCAAGACCAUCUACACGUCGAUCGACUCGCUCGUACAAGACUCGGACCUCGAUGCCGUCUACGUCGCCUCGCCCAACUCGCUCCACUACUCGCAAGCAAGAACCAUCCUUCAAGCAAAGAAGCAUGUCAUCCUCGAGAAGCCUGCCACAUCUACCCUCGCCGAACUCGAGGACCUCUUCAAGAUCGCAAAAGAGAACAAUGUCUUCUUGAUCGAAGCCUUCCGCCAUAUUCAAGAAGUCAACUUCAAGCUCCUCCGUCGUGUCUUGUUCGACGAGAAGAAGUUGGGUCCCAUUUUUGGCGCCAGUCUCAACUUCUCCAUGUACAGCUCGCGUUACAACAAUGUUCUCGCUGGCGAGACCCCUAACAUCUUCAACCUUGACAUGUCAGGUGGUUCUCUUGUCGACAUGGGUGUCUACCCUGUCACCUUCGCGCUCGCUCUCUUCGGCAAGCCCAAGUCGCAGACAUAUGCUCCCGUUCUCUGCCAUACCGGAGCCGAUGCUGGUGGCUUCAUCGUCCUUCAAUAUGAAAAGUUCGGUGUCCAGAUCCAACAGAGCAAGUGCUUCACCUCAUUCGCACCUACCGAGAUCUACGGCGAGAACGGUACCAUCAGCCUGAAUUCCGUCACUGAUAUUGCCAGCGUCAAGCUCUGGGAUCGCAAGACCAAGCAGACUGAGGAGCUGGCUGAGAAGAAGAGGGAUCUGAACUUGCAAGAAGAGGCCGAGGAGUUUGCUCGUAUCAUCAAUAACAAGGACACCGAUGCUGCUGCCAAGCUUGAGCAACUGAGCUACGAUAUCGUCUCUGUCACCUCUGACCUGAGAAGACAAAACGGCAUCCUCUAUCCUGCCGAUAAGGCAUAG